AUGAAGGCCAAACCAUUAACGAUCCAUUGGCACACCGACAGUGAGCCAAUCUAUUCACUAGACCUGCAGAAGGGCAAAUAUCAUGGGGGAAGCCGUCUGGCAACUGCCGGAGGAGAUGGUAACGUGCGAAUAUGGAGAGUCUCCAAGCCCGAGACUUCCGACACAGACACGAUCGAUAACUUAUCGGUUGAGUAUCUCGCUACCCUGACCAAGCACGAAGGAGCGGUUAACGUGGUACGGUUCGAUCCCACGGGCCAACUGCUGGCCUCAGCCGGAGAUGACAAGACGCUUGUAAUCUGGUCGCUGGUAACCCGCAACGGCGAAAUUGUGCCGCCAAAGAAGGAGUUUGGGCGGGACGAUGUGGACGAAGAGUCGUGGAAACCGCGUACCCCGUUCGUUAUGCACAAGCUGGACGCGAAACGCCCUCCACCGGAGGUGUAUGAUAUUGCAUGGUCGCCAGACUCGCAGUUCAUUCUAGUGGGCUGCAUGGACAACAUUGGAAGGAUAUUCAGCGUGGCCACGGGUCAAUGUGUUAGAGAAGUGGCCGAACACUCACACUAUGUCCAGGGUGUGGCAUGGGACCCUCUCAACGAGUACCUAGCUACACAGAGCAGCGAUCGGUCCGUUCAUAUCUAUGCACUCAAAAAUAGAGAAGGAACGUAUCUUCUGGAUGCUGCUGAGCAGGAAAAGAACAGACUGGAGCUCCAUCAAAAGUCUAACAAGGCAGAGCUGCCAGUUAAGAACGCGCCCUCCACACCAGUCAUGUCAUCGUCACAACUGUCAUCAACUUCAGGCUCUCUGACGCCCUCAAGCCACCAUCAUCACGACAUUGAUGUGGGCACACCCAGCACUCCUGUCGGAAACAUGAACCCUCCUUCCAGUACUCAGACACACUCGCGAAAGUCUUCUUUUAGCGGCUCCAACAGAAGCGAGAGUCCCCUGCCUUCCUCAUUCAUUCCUCUGCCAGCAGUCAAACCAGCGGAGUCGCCCAAGGUCAGAAACUCGGCGUUAUACCAGAACGAGUCAUUUCCGUCCUUCUUCAGAAGACUAUCCUUCAGUCCCGAUGGCAGUCUGCUCUUCACGCCAAGUGGAGUGUUCAAGUACGAAAACACAAACGCAGACACGAACACGGUCUAUAUCUACUCACGGGCAGGGCUGAACAAGCCACCCGUUGCUUACCUUCCGGGCCUUCACAAACCAUCACUGGCAGUCAAAUGUUGUCCUCUUCUCUUCAAGCUCCGUGGAACUCCUGUUGACACAGCAAACAUCACUAAAGAUAACACACCAGCUGGAGCCCCUAAGAAUGACGAGACUGGCGAGAAAAUGAGCUCUCCGGCAUUCGCACUGCCCUACAGAGUCAUCUACGCGGUGGCAACCCAGGACUCUGUGGUCAUCUACGACACAGAACAGCAUCAUCCACUCGGUAUUGCCACCAGCUUGCAUUUUGCCCCUCUGACUGAUCUGUCGUGGUCCGACGACGGCCGGAAUCUCUUUGUGUCUUCUGUCGACGGCUUCUGUUCAGCUCUGACGUUUAGCAAGGAGGAUCUGGGGGAGUUGUACACAGGAGAGGUCCCAGCUACCUCUACGGUAACUGGUGCUGCCCCUACUGCCACUCCAAUGAAGACUCCACCCACCAGCUCAAAUGAAACCCUGAGUGACAACCGGCCAAAGUUCUCGCAGCUGCCCACCGUUCCUUCCUUCACACCCACCUCCAACUCUUCGUCGGUGUUCAGAAGCAUGUCUGCAUCUUCCAGCCCGGCAUCGGGAAGUUCUCAGAUGAACAUCAUGACCCCGACUCAUCGGCCUUUGCAAACAGUCAAUGUUCCAGGUCUGUCUUCAGCCGAGUUGGACUCCAUCUCCCGAGGGGCUUACGGAACUGCUAACCUAAGUCGACAUGAGCGGGCCAGUUCCACUUCGUCUACAGAUACUCAACGAUCCGACUUUAUCGCCCAGCCGCAGCCCAAAAAGAAACGACGUAUUGCACCUACGUUGGUUCCUGAAUCUACAGGUUCUUCUUCUCCUGCCAGUUCAACUUCGGCUCCAGCUACUGUCGACUCGGUGCUUAACAAUGAGCCUCACGAUAAAAAAUGA